CAUAUCUGUACGCGUAUAUAUACAAUACUCUAUGUGCGGCAUAUGGUCUGAAACUGAAUGGUACUAUGGAUAAGGUAUUAGGGUUUAUGGAUUAGUAAUAUACAGCGCCAUUUUUCCCGAAAUUGUGACGUUUUAGCAAGAAGUUCUUCAUCACUGCGUCGUGGCAAGUGAGCUGCAAAUCCGAUGGUUGACAAUGUCGGGAACUGUGUGCGAGGACGUCAUGCCUGUUGCAACGAGACGAUGCACUCGUUCGCAGUCACGGUUUCGAAGUUUGGAUGUUGGCGGUGAAAUGCCUGUUAGUGUUGCCUCAACAGAGUGGACAGCAGAGGAGGAAAAGACUUUGAUUAAGAAAGUACUUUGCCGUUUAACCAUUAACGAUAUAAUGGGUUAUCGUAAGCGAUUGAACAUGGUUAACUGGAAUGUAUGCGCACUGAAACACCGCGAACCCCACGAGUGCAAGGAGAAAAUGGAAGAAAUCAUAGCGAAGAUAAGAAAAAAUCGUACGCUGCCGGAAAUUUUAAGUGAAUUACUGUGGCACGAACGCCAAAAAAGGAAAGACUGGGACGAGAUCGGAGGAGAUCACCCGAACUUCGAACCCAGAAAACGAAUCAAGCUUAUCCCUAGUACUCCUGCUGAAUUGACGGUCGACGAAAACAUCGUAAUUCCAGUUUAUGGAAGAAAAGGCACAAAAAUGCCUCGUAGACGCAUAGCAAAAUAUUUUAGUAAUUUUCCAAAAGACCCGCAAACGCCUUAUGAAAUCUAUGUUAGCGAAAGAAGGGAGAACAACAGAUUGAAGCUGACGGGAACAGAAGCUUUAAAAGCUUACCGCUCUGCAUGGUUAGGACUUCCUGAUACGGAAAUGCUCGAAUAUAUCGACAAGUCCAUGAUGGACCAUCAGCGCUACCAGGUUGAAAUGGAUGAAUUUAUUGCCGAGAAUCCCGAUAUUCGUAUGGAUAAGCAGCGCCUCCUGUUGAAUCCACUGGAACGGAAUCUUUUGUUCCACAGAUCAGUUUCUCAAAAUGCUUUCCAUCCAGAGGCCUAUCCAGGGGCCACAUCGGGACAUAAACUAUAUAUCAUGGAACAGGAGACGAAACACAUCAAAUCUGCCGGCUGGCUAACGUUGGUCAACCGGAAAUGGCAGGAAAUGUGUACCUACGAAAAGGAAGAAUACCAGAUACGCAUCAGAGCGAUGUGGAAGCAGUACGAAAGUGCAGCGCAGCAUUUCAUAGAUCAGUGCGCGGAAGAUAUGCGGGAUUCUAUGCGGGACAAGAUUCGCAAAACCCCAAAAACGCUUGAUAACAAGCCCCUCAAAACCGUGGCAGGGGAAAAUGCCAAAGAAAAUAUCUUAAACCCUGCUGAAUCCAAAGCUGUCGAAGCAGUGGGCGAUAAGAAACAGAAAAAACCUGACUUCAGCGGAUGCUCUUACUUCGUUUCUCAAAAUGAGUUGGAAUACCUUGCUCACUGUCCAUUCAGUACGAUUGAUGACGUACGAAAAAAAUUGAGGAAGAUAUAUAAGAAAUUGCCACUAGCGCGUCAGGAGCUUUAUAUCGCGAAAGCUAGAAGUUCGGGAAAUAUUUAUUGAAGGAUCAUCAGACGAAAUUUGAAAGACAUCCAUCCUUGUGAUUUUUUUGUUGUGAAUUUUAUCAUAACUCUUAGUGUUCUUGCACUGUCAAACAGUAUUACGAGUAUGUUGUGUGGCCGAUCGACAUUUUGUUUUGGUACUUCACUACCCCGAAGAUUAUUAUGCCCGGGUCAAGCAAGUACUUGUCUGGUGGACACCGUAAUUAUGCAGACGGUAUUUUCUGUGUUAGUUAUUUUUACGGAUAAAUCAUAAACAACAACAAAAUAAAUCCAAGUCUUGAACGCAUUCCAAGUUCCGACAAGCUAAUCUCUUCAGAUAAUUAUAACAUAACACGAAGCACAAAACUUUACACUGGUACAAUUCUAACGCAUUGCAUCAGAAGACGACUAGGAAAAUAAUACAUCAAAAAUUAAGAAGCUAUGAAGGCAUUACUAUGUCUCUUU